UAAAAAUAUAGUUUUAAAAAAAUGAAUUUGAGACGAAUGAGAAGUGGAGGUGUGCAUGCUGAUUCAGAAUAGGAUUUUUUAAAUGUAUUGAUACUAUAUAUUAAUUUUAUUAGAAAAUUGCCAAAUAAGAAAAAUAAUAAAAAAGAAGAACCUAUGUUGAAGAAACUGAAACUUAUGAAGGUUUUAUAAUGAAUUCUCAAUUUACUUUUGAUUGCUUCGAAGGAAAUCAAAUGUUAAAGACUACUUAAUAAUCUCAUUUCAUUCUAAUUAUGAUUGAUGAUUAUGCCUUAAGUCCAAAGAGGCUAUAAAAUAUGAUUGAAAACAGUAAGCUCUUGAAAUUUAUAUGUUCUAGCAGAUUAUUGUGAAACAAUGACAUAAAGCACAAAUGAUGAUUCAUUCAUUUGGAGCUCUCAACCGAUGAAUUAUGACUGCUUAAUACACAAUUAUACAGUAGGGCAUGUAAAUCAUUUGUUUAAUAUUUGGAUAAUUAAUACUCCUACUAUGAAUACAACAUUUAAAUGUAUUAACUAUUAUUAAUUAUUUCUUUAGAGUGUUAUUUUCAAUUUUUUGAAGCAUUUAUCUGUGUAAAUAGUGAAAAAAAUGAGACUGUUAAAGAAGUUUAUAAAGAAAUGAGAUAUUUUAAUGAUAAGGUUCAGUAAUUUCAUAUAAAAGAAAAUGAUGAAGUAAUAUUAUUUUGGAUUAUAUAGGUUUCGCCAGACCGUAAAUAAAUUAAUAAUUUUUAAUAAAUUCUUAAGACUCUAAUUGAUUUGACAACCAAAUGAAG